GGGGCCAGCAGUGGCCAGCGGGAGAGGCAAGCUGGCCGUCACCUUCCGAGCAAGAUGUGCAAGGGGCUGGCUGGUCUGCCCGCGUCCUGCCUGCGGAGCGCCAAGGACAUGAAGCACCGGCUGGCCUUCCUGCUGCAGAAACCGGACAGCGGCCAGCUCGGGCCCCCCCGCGGCAGGAAGGACCGGGCGGCGCGGUGCCAGAGGGUGAGCCCCGAGGACGUGAAGCGGUGGGCAGAGUCCCUGGAGAGCCUCAUCGGCCACGAGUGCGGCCGGGCGGCCUUCAGGGCCUUCCUGCGCUCCGAGUACAGCGAGGAGAACCUGGACUUCUGGCUCAGCUGCGAGGCCUUCAAGCACAGCACGCCGGCCGGCCAGCUCGCACCCCGAGCACUGGACAUCUACAGCGAGUUCAUCUCCGUGCAGGCCCGCCGCGAGGUCAACCUUGACUCCUGCACCCGGGAGCAGACCAGCCGGAACGUUCUGGAACCCACCCUGAGCUGCUUCGACGAGGCCCAGGGGAAGAUCUUCAACCUGAUGCAGAAGGAUUCCUACCGCCGCUUCCUCAAGUCCCGCUUCUACCUGGAUUUCACGGGGCCCUCGGCCUGCGGCGCGGAGAAGCACCCAAAAGGCGGGCGAGGCGCCCCCGUCCCCCUGUGCGCCUGAGCCCCCCGGAGCCCC